AUGACGUCUCCUCAGCAGACUUCUGUCAGUGGAAAAGAGUUUGAUAGUUUGGAUGGAGAAAGCAGCAAUCAAUACUCAGUAGGUCCUGAUUUUGAUCAGUUGGAACAAGAAUAUGACGAUUUGAAGACUAGUGAAAUUAUUGCACCACAUAUUAGUAAUGGGCACAGUAUAAGCUCUUCACCAAGACAUCAUCAUUUGUAUGAAGACAGACAUUUAGAUUCUAUCAUCGAUACCAACACGCAUGGUUUCAAGAAACAUGAUAAUGGGAACGGCAAGUUUGCAGAUGUCAACAUAGAACAGAUUUACAAUUAUGAUUCAUUACGAGUUCCUAACUAUGAGGAAACUGUUGUAGAUGCAAAACAACUAUACGAUGAAAAACUAAGGCCAUAUUUGACCUUCAGUGCAAUAGUAGAAUAUUUGACGUCUUUAUUCCCAUUGUUGAAAUGGGUUCAUCAUUAUAACUUUAACUGGCUAUACAAUGACUUGGUUGCUGGUAUUACCGUCGGUUGUGUGCUUGUGCCACAGUCUAUGUCAUACGCUCAAAUUGCCACUUUGCCCGCCCAGUACGGGUUGUAUUCUUCAUUUGUCGGUGCUUUCAUAUACUCCUUUUUCGCUACAAGUAAGGACGUCUGUAUUGGUCCUGUCGCCGUUAUGUCAUUGGAAACUGCUAAGGUUAUUGCAAGAGUGUUGGAAAAAGUCGGUGAAGAUAAUCCUGAAAUUACUGCACCAAUUAUCGCUACCACAUUGUCUUUAAUUUGUGGUGGUGUCGCACUAGGUGUUGGUUUGCUAAGGCUUGGUUUCCUAGUUGAAUUUAUCUCCUUGAACGCCGUCGCUGGUUUCAUGACUGGUUCUGCUAUCAACAUCAUGUCUGGCCAGGUUCCAGGUUUGAUGGGAUACAGUAAGAAUGUUAACACAAGAGACUCCACCUACAAAGUUAUUAUCAAUACAUUGAAGCAUUUACCGGAUACCAAACUUGAUGCAGUGUUUGGGCUAAUCCCACUUUUCAUUCUAUAUUCUUGGAAAUAUUUCUGUGGCACAUUAGGUCCUAAAUUGGUUGAUCGUUACGUUGCAAGAUCUGACGUAAAGAGAGCAGCCGCUUACAAAUAUAUUUUGUUUUAUUUGCAAGCCCUUAGGAACGCAUUUGUUAUUAUCAUUUUCACCUUAAUCUCCUGGGGUAUCACAAGACACAAGGCCAAAGAAGACUUACCUAUCUCUUUGUUGGGAACUGUUCCAUCUGGUUUGAAGAAUGUUGGUGUUAUGAAAUUGCCUGAUGGAUUGGUUUCUAAUUUGGCUUCCGAAUUACCAUCUGCAAUUAUUAUUUUGGUUCUUGAACAUAUUGCUAUUUCCAAGGCGUUCGGUAGAGUGAAUGGAUACAAGGUGGUACCAGACCAAGAAUUAAUUGCUAUCGGUGUCACUAAUUUAAUCUCUACUUUCUUUAACGCAUACCCUGCCACUGGUUCAUUCUCCAGAAGUGCGUUGAAAGCUAAAUGUAACGUUAAAACCCCAUUAUCCGGGAUAUUUACUGGUGCUUGUGUUUUAUUGUCGUUGUAUUGCUUGACUGAUGCAUUUUAUUUCAUUCCAAAGGCUGCUCUAUCUGCUAUUAUCAUUCAUGCUGUGAGUGACUUGGUUGCUUCUUAUAAAACUACCUGGAAUUUCUGGUUGAUGAACCCGCUAGAUUUCGUUUGUUUCAUUGUUACUGUCAUUAUUACAAUUUUCUCCUCAAUUGAAAAUGGUAUCUACUUUGCUGUUUGCUGGUCAUGUGCAUUACUACUAUUGAAGGUUGUGUUCCCAACAGGUCAAUUCUUGGGUUAUGUUGAAAUUUGUCAAGUUAGUAACGCUGAAGUUGAUGAAAACAUCGAUCGCAUCGUACUCUCUGAAGAUUCUCAGCCUAAGACUAUCGAAGAUAACGUUACCAAAAACAACACUGCGGUAAAAGUUGGAGUCGUAGCGAAUGAGUCUUUCGGCCAUUCUCAAUUACAAUAUCAUACUAAAUGGCUACCACUGAAUAACCACUAUCAGCGUGAAUUAAAUCCAGAUGUUGUAGUACAAGCACCUCCUCCUGGUGUGAUUGUAUACAGACCAAGUGAAUCAUGGACAUAUGUUAACUGUUCUAGACAGUACGAUACCAUUUUCGACAGAGUAAAAGAACUGACAAGACCAGGAAAGCUUUUGAAACAUGUAAGCAAACAUGAUAAGAUGUGGAAUGAUCCAGGUGAGUGGGAACCUCCAUUUUUAGUGAAAAAGCUAUUUAAGUUGGGGAACAAACAUGAUCUUGAAGGUGGCGAAGUAAUUGAUGAGAGACCUGUUUUGAAGAUCCUUGCUAUGGACUGGUCCCAAGUGACUCAGAUUGAUUCCACGGGUGUUCAAAACUUGGUCGACUUAAGAAAGGCCAUUAACAAAUAUGCUAAUAGACAGGUAGAAUUCCAUUUCAGUGGAAUCAUCUCGCCUUGGAUCAAGAGAUCUUUAAUCAAUGCUGGAUUCGGUACUGUCAAUGAGGAAUUCAGCGAUGAAUCAAUCAUCGUAGGACAUACAAGUUAUAGUUUGGUCAAGAAUAGACCUGAUUUGCAAGAUCCAGAAGCGGCGUUACCUGAACCAAUAGCACUUCAUACCGCUUUAGGUGUAAACUUACCAUUCUUCCAUUUGGAAAUGCCAGAAUUUCAUAAAUGGCACCUAUGA